UCAGCUGUGUCCAAUCACAGCUAAUCACAUGUAAACAGAGAAAUGCCGAUCAUUGAUGAUCAUUGUGCCCUGAUGAUCAGUGUAGCCCCAGCAGUGCCACCUGUCAGUGUCCAUCAGUUCCAGCUGUCAGUGCUCAUCAGUGCCACAUAUCAGUGCCUACCAGUACACAUCAAUGCCACAUAUCAGUGCCCACCUGAGCUGCCUUUCAGUAUCACCCAUCAGUGCCAGUCAGUGCCACCUAUCAAUGCCAAUCAGUGCCGCCUAUCAGUGCCAGUCAGUGCCGCCUAUCAGUGCGCAUCAAUGCCCAUCAGUGCCGUCUAUCAGUGCCAGUCAGUGCCACCUAACAGUGCCAGUCAGUGCUGCCUAUCAGUGCCAUAUAUCAGUGCUGCCUUUCAGUGCCCAUCAGUGAUGCCUGUC